CGCCGCGCGCGCCUGUCCGGCAGCGCACGGGUUAAGGCUGGCACCGCGCCCGGCGGGAGGGGGGGCGCCCACCUCCCCUCCCCCCCGCGCCGGGCAUGCGGGGCCCGCUGGGCACUGAGGAGGAGCUGCCGCGGCUGUUCGCCGACGAGAUGGAGAACGAGGACGAGAUGUCAGAAGAAGAAGAUGGUGGCCUUGAAGCCUUCGACGACUUUUUCCCUGAAGAGCCCGUGAGCCUUCCCAAGAAGAAGAAGCCCAAGAAGCUCAAGGAGAACAGACCCAAAGGGAAGAGGAGGAAGAAAGAGGGGAGCAACGAUGAGCUGUCGGAAAAUGAAGAGGAUCUGGAGGAGAAGUCGGAGAGUGAGGGCAGUGACUACUCCCCAAAUAAAAAGAAAAAGAAAAAACUCAAGGACAAGAAGGAGAAAAAAGCCAAGCGUAAAAAGAAGGAUGAGGAGGAGGAAGAGAAUGAGGACGGAUGCCUCAAGGAGCCCAAGUCCUCGGGGCAGCUCAUGGCCGAGUGGGGCCUGGAUGACGUGGACUACCUGUUCUCAGAGGCCGACUACCACACGCUGACCAACUACAAGGCCUUCAGCCAGUUUCUCAGGCCACUCAUCGCCAAGAAGAACCCAAAGAUCCCCAUGUCCAAAAUGAUGACUGUCCUGGGCGCCAAGUGGCGGGAAUUCAGUGCCAACAACCCCUUCAAGGGCAGCUCGGCCGCGGCGGCUGCGGCGGCAGUGGCAGCGGCCGUAGAGACGGUCACUGUCGCGCCUCCGCUGGCCGUCAGCCCCCAGCAGGCACCCCAGCCUGUGCCGAUCCGCAAGGCCAAAACCAAGGAGGGCAAGGGACCCGGGGUGAGGAAGAAGAUCAAAGGCUCCAAGGAUGCAAAGAAGAAGGGCAAAGGGAGAAAGGUGGCCGGGCUCAAGUUCCGCUUUGGAGGGGUCAGCAGCAAGAGGAAGAAAGGCUCCUCGAGCGAGGAGGAUGAGCACGAGGAGUCGGACUUUGACAGCGCCAGCAUCCACAGCGCCUCCGUGCGCUCCGAGUGUUCCGCUGCCCUGGGGAAGAAGAGCAAGAGGAGGCGCAAGAAGAGGAGAAUCGAUGAUGGUGAUGGCUACGAGACGGACCACCAGGACUACUGCGAGGUGUGCCAGCAGGGUGGGGAGAUCAUCCUGUGUGACACCUGCCCAAGGGCCUACCACCUCGUCUGCCUGGACCCAGAGCUGGAGAAAGCUCCCGAGGGCAAGUGGAGCUGUCCCCACUGUGAGAAGGAGGGGAUCCAGUGGGAGCCGAAGGACGACGACGACGACGAGGAGGAGGGCGGCUGCGAGGAGGAGGAGGACGACCACAUGGAGUUCUGCCGCGUGUGCAAGGACGGCGGCGAGCUGCUCUGCUGCGACGCCUGCCCCUCCUCCUAUCACCUGCACUGCCUCAACCCGCCGCUGCCCGAGAUCCCAAACGGUGAAUGGCUCUGCCCGCGCUGUACUUGUCCCCCACUGAAGGGCAAAGUCCAGCGGAUCCUGCAUUGGAGGUGGACAGAGCCGCCGGCCCCCUUCAUGGUGGGGCUGCCCGGGCCCGAUGUGGAGCCUGGUGUUCCUCCACCCAAGGCCCUGGAGGGCAUCCCAGAGAGAGAGUUCUUUGUCAAGUGGGCUGGGCUCUCCUACUGGCACUGCUCCUGGGUGAAGGAGCUGCAGCUGGAGCUCUACCACACGGUGAUGUAUCGCAACUACCAAAGAAAGAACGACAUGGACGAGCCGCCCCCCUUUGACUACGGCUCUGGCGACGAAGACGGCAAGAGCGAGAAGAGGAAGAACAAGGACCCGCUCUACGCCAAGAUGGAGGAGCGCUUCUACCGCUACGGCAUCAAGCCCGAGUGGAUGAUGAUCCACCGCAUCCUGAACCACAGCUUCGACAAAAAGGGGGACGUGCAUUACCUGAUCAAGUGGAAAGACCUGCCCUAUGACCAGUGCACCUGGGAGAUUGACGACAUUGACAUCCCCUGCUACGACAACCUGAAGCAGGCCUACUGGGGCCACAGGGAGCUGAUGCUGGGAGAGGACGCCAGGCUGCCCAAGAGGCUAAUCAAGAAGGGCAGGAAACUGAAGGACGAUAAGCAGGAGAAGCCCCCGGACACGCCCCUUGUGGACCCCACGGUCAAGUUUGACAAACAGCCGUGGUACAUCGACUCCACGGGUGGCACGCUGCACCCCUACCAGCUGGAGGGCCUUAAUUGGCUGCGCUUCUCCUGGGCCCAGGGCACUGACACCAUCCUGGCCGACGAGAUGGGCCUGGGCAAGACGGUGCAGACCAUCGUCUUCCUUUACUCGCUGUACAAGGAGGGGCACUCCAAGGGGCCCUACCUGGUCAGCGCGCCCCUGUCCACCAUCAUCAACUGGGAGCGUGAGUUUGAGAUGUGGGCACCCGACUUCUACGUGGUCACCUACACGGGGGACAAGGAGAGCCGCUCCGUGAUCCGGGAGAACGAGUUUUCCUUUGAGGACAACGCCAUUCGGAGUGGGAAGAAGGUGUUCCGCAUGAAGAAAGAAGUGCAGAUCAAAUUCCACGUCCUCCUCACCUCCUAUGAGCUCAUCACCAUCGACCAGGCCAUCCUGGGCUCCAUCGAGUGGGCCUGCCUGGUGGUGGACGAGGCCCACCGGCUCAAGAACAACCAGUCCAAGUUCUUCAGGGUCUUGAACAGCUACAAGAUCGAUUACAAGCUUCUGCUGACGGGGACCCCCCUUCAGAACAACCUGGAGGAGCUGUUCCACCUCCUCAACUUCCUGACUCCAGAGAGGUUCAACAACCUGGAGGGCUUCCUGGAGGAGUUUGCUGACAUCUCCAAGGAAGACCAGAUCAAGAAACUGCAUGAUCUGCUGGGGCCGCACAUGCUGCGGCGGCUCAAGGCCGACGUCUUCAAGAACAUGCCGGCCAAGACCGAGCUGAUCGUCCGUGUGGAACUGAGCCAAAUGCAGAAGAAGUACUACAAGUUCAUCCUCACGCGGAACUUCGAGGCGCUCAACUCCAAGGGGGGCGGGAACCAGGUGUCGCUGCUCAACAUCAUGAUGGACCUGAAGAAGUGUUGCAACCACCCCUACCUCUUCCCCGUGGCCGCUGUGGAGGCCCCCGUCCUGCCCAAUGGCUCCUAUGAUGGCAGCUCGCUUGUCAAGUCUUCAGGGAAGCUCAUGCUGCUGCAGAAGAUGCUCAAGAAACUGCGGGAUGAAGGACAUCGUGUGCUUAUCUUCUCGCAGAUGACCAAGAUGCUGGACCUCCUGGAGGACUUCCUGGAGUAUGAGGGCUACAAGUAUGAGCGGAUUGACGGCGGCAUCACUGGGGGCCUCCGGCAAGAGGCGAUUGACAGAUUCAACGCCCCGGGGGCCCAGCAGUUCUGCUUCCUCCUCUCGACUCGGGCAGGUGGCCUGGGCAUCAACCUGGCCACGGCAGACACGGUCAUCAUCUAUGACUCGGACUGGAACCCCCACAAUGACAUCCAGGCCUUCAGCCGCGCCCACCGCAUCGGGCAGAACAAGAAGGUGAUGAUCUACCGCUUUGUGACGCGGGCCUCGGUGGAGGAGCGCAUCACGCAGGUGGCCAAGCGCAAGAUGAUGCUCACCCAUCUGGUGGUGCGGCCUGGCUUGGGCUCCAAGUCGGGCUCCAUGACCAAGCAGGAGCUGGACGACAUCCUCAAGUUUGGCACGGAGGAGCUCUUCAAGGACGACGUGGAAGGCAUGAUGUCUCAGGGCCAGCGGCCUGCCACGCCCAUCCCUGAUGUCCCAUCCUCCAAAGGGGGAGCCCUGGCCGCUAGUGCGAAGAAAAAGCAUGGCAGCACCCCUCCAGGUGACAACAAGGACGUGGAGGACAGCAGUGUGAUCCACUAUGACGAUGCGGCCAUCUCUAAGCUACUGGACCGGAACCAGGAUGCCACGGACGACACGGAGCUGCAGAACAUGAAUGAAUACCUGAGCUCCUUCAAGGUGGCGCAGUAUGUGGUGCGCGAAGAGGACGGUGUGGAGGAGGUGGAGCGGGAGGUCAUCAAGCAGGAGGAGAACGUGGACCCCGACUACUGGGAGAAGCUGCUCCGGCACCACUACGAGCAGCAGCAGGAGGACCUGGCCCGGAGCCUGGGCAAGGGCAAGCGUGUCCGCAAGCAGGUCAACUACAACGAUGCCUCCCAGGAGGACCAGGAAUGGCAGGAUGAGCUGUCAGACAACCAGUCCGAAUAUUCCAUUGGCUCCGAGGAUGAGGAUGAGGACUUUGAGGAAAGGCCAGAAGGGCAGAGUGGACGGCGACAAUCCAGGAGACAGCUGAAAAGCGACAGGGACAAGCCCCUGCCCCCUCUUCUUGCCCGGGUUGGCGGUAACAUUGAGGUGCUGGGCUUCAACGCCAGGCAGCGGAAGGCCUUUCUGAACGCCAUCAUGCGCUGGGGCAUGCCCCCUCAGGACGCCUUCAACUCCCACUGGCUGGUGCGGGACCUUCGCGGAAAGAGCGAGAAGGAAUUUAGAGCCUAUGUGUCCCUCUUCAUGCGGCACCUGUGUGAGCCGGGGGCUGACGGCGCCGAGACCUUCGCGGACGGCGUGCCCCGCGAGGGCCUCUCCAGACAGCACGUACUCACGCGCAUCGGGGUCAUGUCACUAGUUAGGAAGAAGGUUCAGGAGUUUGAGCACGUCAACGGGAAGUACAGCACCCCGGAUUUGAUCCCCGAGGGCCCCGAGGGCAAGAAGCCAGGCGAGGUUAUCUCCUCGGAUCCCAACACACCUGUGCCCGCCAGCCCUGCCCACCUUCUGCCUGCCCCGCUGGGCCUGCCAGACAAAAUGGAAGCCCAGCUGGGCUACAUGGAUGAGAAGGAGCUGGGGGUGCAGAAGCCGAAGAAGUCCCCAGACAUCCAGGCCCUGCCAACUGCCCUGGACAGAGUGGAGGGCGAGGACAAGCAUGAGAGCUCUGAUGGAAAGGAGAGGGCCCGAGAGGAGCGACUGGAGGAGACGGAGAAGGCCCAGCCCUCCCCGGAGCAGCUGCCGAAAGAAGAAGUGCUUCUGGAGAAGGAGAAAAUUCUGGACAAGCUGGAGCUAAGCUUGAUUCACAGCAGAGGAGAUGGCAAUGAUUUCAGACCAGAUGACACUAAAGCGGAGGAGAAGGAGCCCAUUGAAACACAGCAAAAUGGUGACAAAGAGGAAGAUGAGGAGGGGAAGAAGGAGGACAGGAGUGGGAAGUUCAAAUUCAUGUUCAACAUUGCAGACGGGGGCUUCACAGAGCUACACACACUGUGGCAGAACGAGGAACGUGCCGCUGUGUCCUCGGGAAAAAUCUACGACAUCUGGCACCGGCGCCAUGACUACUGGCUGCUGGCGGGCAUCGUAACGCACGGCUAUGCCCGCUGGCAGGACAUCCAGAACGACCCGAGAUACAUGAUCCUCAACGAGCCCUUCAAGUCUGAGAUCCACAAGGGCAACUACCUGGAGAUGAAGAACAAGUUCCUGGCCCGCAGGUUCAAGCUGCUGGAGCAGGCACUGGUCAUUGAGGAGCAGCUCCGGAGGGCCGCGUACCUCAACAUGACCCAGGACCCUAACCACCCCGCCAUGGCCCUCAACGCCCGCCUGGCCGAGGUGGAGUGCCUUGCCGAGAGCCACCAGCACCUGUCCAAGGAGUCUCUCGCUGGGAACAAGCCCGCCAACGCCGUCCUGCACAAGGUCCUGAACCAGCUGGAGGAGCUGCUGAGUGACAUGAAAGCGGACGUGACACGCCUGCCCUCCAUGCUGUCCCGCAUCCCUCCGGUGGCCGCCCGCCUCCAGAUGUCCGAGCGCAGCAUCUUGAGCCGCCUGACCAACCGAGCCGGCGACCCCACCAUCCAGCAGGGCGCUUUCGGCUCCUCCCAGAUGUACAACAACAACUUUGGGCCCAACUUCCGGGGCCCUGGACCGGGAGGGAUUGUCAACUACAACCAGAUGCCCCUGGGGCCCUAUGUGACCGAUAUCUAGCCGUCCCCGAGACUUCCCUCUGGUGCAGCGCUCGUUUCCUGCAGAGCCACGCCUGCUGGGCCCCCCACCUGACCCCCACAGGAGAGAAAAGCUGCCGCCUUUCUAGAGCCACACCACUCGAGGACAGAAAGGGAAACCGAGUCAUGCCACCACAUGGGGACGGGGCCCAGCCUGGCAGGGUCUGAGCCCAGAAGUGCCACCUGCUUCUAAUCCAAGUGUCCCAUACAGUGUCACCCCCACACCACCCUGGGACGCCCCUUGGCCACCUCUGCCAGAACGACUUCCUAGAGGAGAUGCCAUUUCUUUGUACAUCUUUUGCACUUUCCUAUUGAAGACUUGAACACGUUUAUCUUGAUAAAAGUUGAGUGAUGUGUGGAGGCGUCUCACCCACAGCACUUACGUCUCUCUCGGCCGACGGGCUCCAGAUGGGAAGGGAAGCUCCUGGAAACGCUGCCGCUGCCCCGUGGACUCGGCCUGCCCUGGGUGCCCCCGCCCACCCCGUCCCGUCUGCCUGCGUGGGGCCCCGAGUGCCAGGUGGGUCGGGACCGGGGGACGGCUGCCUGGCCUGGGGAAGAGGCCCGGCCGACGUCCAGGUCAGGCCAGGCCGCCUGCCCACCCACUUCCUGCAAGGCUGAGGCCGCCAGGUGCGCACUCUCUCCUUCGGGGGCGGCUCGGCUCUGUCAGCAGGUGUCUGUCCCUGGCCCUGUCACAGGUCUUAGACUCUGUCAUCGCCAGCAGAGAGCCUGUGGCCCCUGCCCUGCAUGGCAGGUCGCAGCAUGUGAUCCUGGGAGGGGAGGAAGGGCCUGCACAUGUCAGCCGAGGGGCUGCUGGAGCCUUUGUCUCAGGCCACUGCGGGAAGGGGCUUGCCCUCUGCCAGGGUGUGGCUAGCGUCCUAGCAGGGAGUGUCACAGCAGCGCUGAGUGGCCCAGGAGCCCUUGGCCCUGCCCUGUGCCCUGGGAGGCCCGUCAUACCCAUGUCCAGGCACACACCCCCGUCAGCCUCCUGGCUGGAGGUGCAGAGAACCCAGGCCAUGCCUGGGGCCUGGGCUUAUCCCUGUCCUCCUGUCCCUGGAGAGGACACCCCCUGGAGAGGCCUCGAUCUGGGCUCUUGCCGCCUGGGGCAGGGCCACCCCUGCCGUCUCUGUGUUCUUGGAUGGCUUAGGGAGAGCUCUGCUUGGAGGCAGGGGCCUAGACCUGAUGGCCUCUCCAGUCUUCCUUCCAGCCUGAGCGCCCUCAGCUUCCUGCCUUGUUUCCUGCCAGGAACGCCCUGUUGGAAUCCUGACCCUCUGCUACCCAGCUGGUGGUAUCCCGCGAUGGCCCCGGUUAGGGGGAAAGGAGGAAUGGGCCAGGCCUGAGGCCCAACCUCAGCCGGGAAGGGAUUUCCGAGCCUGGAGCAGGGGCCUUCCUGGGGUGGUGCCCUGGGGGCAGAAUCCUGUCUGAGUGAGAGACAAGCUGAGCCUGGGAGUGGGGUCGCCAGAAGGGGCUCCAUUCAGCUCCCUGGCCAGGACUGGGGCCAGGAUUUGGGGAUGUCUUGAGGACACAGGCCCUCCCAGAGCCCAGAUGUCCUUAUCUGUAAAUGGCUCUCCCUGAACCCCUGGAGGGCUGGACCCCUAAGGCCCUUCCAUCUCCAGGCUGCCUGACCCUGGCACUGCGGGUGGGAGGAGUUGGGGGCAGCCUGGAAGUGGCACACAGGUGUCCGGGGCACACGUGUGGCAGUGGCUGACCUUGCCCUCCAGGAUGGGUGGGGUCAUUCCUGUCCCCUGUGAUUUGUCCGGUGCCAUGUGCACAUGCGUGGUCCUCCGAUCAGUGCCUCCCUGCAAAGGCUCUCGGCUCAGGUCGGGCAGGGUGACCGCCACGACCCACGACCCCCCGACCCGGGUCCUGUGACGCUCCCCUCCCAGACAGGCUGCCAGCCCUGUGUUUGGCCUCGUGAGGAACGCGGUGGCAGGUCCUGAGUGUCAGGUUGGGAGGCACCUGGUAUAGGACCAGGGUCUGCGUCUCCACUGCCCAAAUUCCAAGGGCAGUGGUCCCUCCCCUGCCAGCCCUUGCUCCCCCAGAAGCUUCCCUCUGUCCCUCCACCUCUGCUCCUCCCCAGGCCUCACCAGGCUGCCCUUUGUCCUUCUCCUCUGCUAGCUGGAGCCGGACACCCACGGACAGCCUGACCCUGGCACUGCCUGGUCCAGGAAGGCUCAGCUCUCCAUGACCAGCACCUGGGAGGCCUGGGAGGGGAACUGCGGACAGCUGGGGAGUGGGUUUCCAGUUGACUGGUUUUGGAGAGGAAAAAGGAUCUUAAGAAUGUUUUCUUCUUGGUUUAUCCAUUAUCUCCUGCCACAAGUUGCAGCGGCUGUAGGGGAGUGGGGCGUCUACUGCCUUCGGCAUCUUCGGGCUGGGUUAGGAUUUGCUGCUGGUGGAAGGAGGGUCAGGGUCGUCCCAUGCAAGUGGAGCCUGAAAGUGCCAGCCGACAUUUUUGUUUCCAGCCCCCUUAUUAUUUAGACCAGUGCUGAGUAGGCUUUCUGUUGAACCAUCUUUGGGCCAUAGUCUCAGAAAGCAUCACCUGCCAGGCUCCCAGGUGACCAGGGCAGUUAGGGUUGGACCGACUGUGUCCAGUGCGGGGGGGCCCUCCUUACACGCCUGCCACGGAAGCAUAUCUUGAGACCGCCCCCCCCCCCACCCUGGUGAGGAGACCCUUCCUGCAAGCCACCUUCAGAAGCUCCUUUGUUUUCUGCAAGUUAUGACCAUGGUCCUGUCCUGCUGGUACCCGUGACUGGUGUGGGCACCUGCCCUCCUGCUUGUUGGGGGUCCCUUCCCAGGGUCCUCUGGGGACUCCCUGGCCCAGGUCGAGGGCUGGCAAGAGUCUUACCCCAGGGACAUCCGUAAGCCCUUGCUCCCAGGUGUUGAAUUCCAGGGAUGCUGAGGGCCUGUCAUGUAGAGGAUGGGCUCAGGGACCUCUGGAGGGUGUCCAGAGCAGGGUGGCAGGGAGGAGCCAGGGUGGGAGGUGGGGGCUGAGGUCUUGGCCUGGCCACGGCCUAGGGUCCCUCCUCCACACCUGCAUCUGUCCUGUGCUGACCACCGUCCCAGGAAGCUGGCUCCCCACCCCAUUUUAUAUUCUGGAAGUUUACAGGUUGUGGUGCAUCAGCCCAAAGUCAUUGGCUUGUGUUUUUGGAUUUUUUUCUUAGUUUUCAGAUUUUUUUUAAACAAAGUAUUUUUUUAGAUGCGAUAACCCAGAAAGGGCCCGUUGGGUGUGUGUGUGUCCUGAACCCCUGAUCUUGAGAUGGGAGCCCGAGCCUCCCAUGGCUCCUUUGCACUGGCGCAUGGGCGGAUGAGGGAGCAGACCCCCCACCCAGGCUGGCAUCUGGCCCAGCUGAGAGGGGCCGGCCCCUUGCCUGACACAGCCCCAGGCUAGCGAAGGGCCAGGGGUACUUGGGCAAGUUCGGAGGGUCCCAGCCGGGGACCUGGAGUGGAGGCUGAGCCCCUGGGAGUGGUGGCCUGUCCGGUCCUCAGGAGGACGUGUGGGAAGCUCGACAGACUGUAAUUGACACAGUUCCCUUGACUUUGUACUCUGUGUGUAUGUCUUGGUUUUCUGUGUUUUAAUAAAUCCUUUGGGAAAGGAUUGAAUCAGA